AUGUUCAUUAUCUGUCUAUCUAUCUGUGUCUGUUUAUUAUCUAACUCUGUUCAUAUCUAUCUAUCUAUGAUAAACUGUUCGUAUCUAUCUAUCCCACUCUGUUCAUAUCUAUCUAUCUACCUACCUACCUAUCUAUGCAUAAAUCUAUUUAUAAUAACCUGUUCAUAUCUAUAUAUCAUAAACUGUUCAUAUCUAUCUAUCAUAAUGUGUUCAUAUAUAUCUACCUAUCUAUCCCACUCUGUUCAUAGCUAUCUAUCUAUCAAUCUAUCUAUAUCACUCUGUUCAUAUCUUUCUAUCUAUCAUAGCCUGAUCAUAUCUAUGUAUCAUAACAUGUUCAUUAUCUAUAUAUCUAUCUAUCUAUCCAUCAAUCUAUUUAUAAUAACCUGUUCAUAUCUAUGUAUCAUAAACUGUUCAUAUCUAUCUAUCAUAAUGUGUUCAUAUAUAUCUAUCUAUCUAUCCCACUCUGUUCAUAGCUAUCUAUCUAUCAUAGCCUGA